AUGUUGAAUAGGCAGGCGGUUCUGAAGUUAGCCAGCAAGAGAUUGACAAGUACGGUGCAACGUGCGGAUUAUAAGUUGAAUUCCGAAGCGCUUCACAGUAAUGCUACGGUAUUUAGUAUGAUCCAGCCAACUGGCUGUUUCCAUCUCGGUAACUAUCUAGGAGCUACACGUGUUUGGACAGACUUAUGUGAGUUAAAGCAACCUAGCCAAGAAUUGAUAUUUGGUGUUGCUGAUUUACAUGCUAUCACUGUUCCAAAGCCAGAUGGGGAAACAUUUAGACAAUUCCGCCAUGAGGCAGUAGCAAGUAUAUUGGCUGUUGGUGUAGAUCCAGAAAAGGCUUCGGUUAUCUACCAAUCUGCUAUCCCUCAACACAGCGAAUUACAUUGGUUGCUUUCUACUCUUGCUUCAAUGGGAUUCCUUAACCGCAUGACGCAAUGGAAAUCAAAAUCGAACAUCAAACAAUCAAUAAAUGGGGAAUAUCAGGUUAAUGAUUCCGAUGUGGGAAAAGUUAGACUGGGUUUAUUUUCGUACCCUGUUUUACAAGCAGCGGAUAUCCUGCUUUAUAAAUCUACACACGUUCCUGUUGGCGAUGAUCAAUCGCAGCAUUUGGAACUAGCAAGACACCUUGCUGAAAAGUUCAACAAAACGUACAAGAUAAAAUUUUUUCCUAAACCUGUAACGAUGUUAGCACAAACGAAAAAGGUUUUGAGUUUAAGCUCUCCGGAAAAGAAGAUGUCCAAGAGUGAUCCAAAUCACGACUCCGUGAUCUUCCUGAAUGACGAGCCCAAGACGAUCCAGAAGAAGAUAAGAAGAGCUUUAACAGAUUCCAUUUCUGAUAGGUUCUACUAUGACCCCGUAGAAAGACCAGGUGUGUCGAAUUUAAUCAACAUUGUCAGUGGCAUCCAAAGAAAAUCGAUUGGAGAUGUCGUAGAAGAUGUAUCUCGUUUCAAUAACUAUAAGGAUUUCAAAGAUUAUGUUUCUGAAGUUAUAAUUGAAGAAUUGAAAGGCCCAAGAACAGAAUUCGAAAAAUUUAUAAAUGAGCCAAACUAUUUACACAGUGUCGUUGAAUCUGGCAUGCGCAAAGCUAGAGAAAAAGCAGCAAAAAACUUGGAUGAUAUUCAUAAAAUAAUGGGGUUCUGA